GCGGAGGCAGAGACAGAGACAGAGACAGAGACAGAGAUGGACUUGCCAGAUGCAGAGGAGACUCUAGCACUUGACCUGCCACGUUUAUGCCAAAGUGGCUUCAUUCAUACGGAUGAACCAAGGAUUGGGCUAGCGCUAUACCAUUAGAAUCAGACAGCUGAUUGCCCAGCAGGAUGCUGUCAACUAUCCCAACAGAGGGCCUGAAGGACCCUGAAACUGCAGAACUCUUCUUCAAAGAAGAUCCAGAGAAGCACUUCACAGAUCUCAGAGAAGUUGGCCAUGGGAGCUUUGGAGCAGUGUACUCUGCACGAGAUGUGCGCACCAAUGAAGUGGUGGCUAUCAAGAAAUUAUCUUAUACUGGAAUGCAGUCUACGAAGAAAUGGCAGGACAUUAUUAAGGAAGUCAGGUUUCUACAAAUAUUAAAACAUCCCAACAUUAUAGAAUACAAAGGCUGCUAUUUAAGUGAGCACACAGCAUGGCUUGUAAUGGAAUAUUGUAUAAGAUCUGUUUCAGAUUUCCUGAAAGUUCACAAAAAGCCAUUACAAGAAAUGGAAAUAGCAGCAAUUACACAUGGUGCUCUCCAGGGCUUAGCCUACUUACAUUUUCAUGCCAUGAUCCAUAGAGAUAUCAAAGCAGCAAAUAUCCUUCUGACAGAACAAGGCCAGGUGAAACUUGCUGACUUUGGAUUGGCUUCCAUGGCCUCUCGUGCCAGUUCUUUUGUGGGAACGCCGAAUUGGAUGGCCCCAGAAGUAAUUUUAGCCAAGGAUGAAGAACAACAAUAUGGUACCGAAGUAGAUAUUUGGUCUCUUGGAAUAACAUGUAUUGAACUAGCGGAAAUGAAGCCUCCUUUACAGAGUAAUAGUUCAGUAAGUGUCUUCAGUCGCAUAAUCAGAAGUGAAUCCCCUACACUACAGUCUACUGAAUGGUCUUAUCAUUUUCGACACUUUGUAGAUUCUUGCCUCCAGAAAAUCCCUCAAGAUCGUCCUACAUCACAGAAACUUUUAAAGCACAUGUUUGUUCGUCGGGAGCGCCCUGAAACAGUGUUAAUCGAUCUUAUUCAGAGGACAAAGGUGCUUUCCCAGGAGGCACAUAAUGGACCAGCAGUAGAGUCACAGGAAGAAGAGGAACUAGAUUACUGUGUUGGAUGGAAAGGGACAGUGAAUAGUGUUGAAAGUCAUCAGGCUGUUCCCAGUAUGUCCAGCGGGGCCAGUAGUCAAAGCACUAGUGUCAGCAGUUUUCCAGAUGCCUCAGAUGCUGAGAGAGAGCUAGACAUGAUGGAGGGAAACCACCCAGUCACGCCUAGUAGUUCUGUCAUCGAUUUAAAACCUGUUACAAGGCAAAUACAAGAACAGGAGCCUAGAGAACAAAUGUUUUGUUACAUCGAAAUGAGGCGGCAACAUCGAAGAAAGCUGGUGACUCUGGAAAACAAGCUAAAGGCUGAGAUGGAUGAACAUCGUUUCAGAUUAGAAAAAGAUUUUGAAACUCAGUGUAACAACUUUGCGGCAGAAAUGGCGAAACUUAUCAAGAAACAUCAGGCUGCUCUGGAAAAAGAGGCUAAAGUGAUGUCCAAGGAGGAGGAAAAAUUUAAGCAACAUCUUCAGGCCCAGCAGAAGAAAGAACUGAACAGCUUUCUGAAGUCCCAGAAGAGAGAAUAUAAACUUCAGAAGGAACAGCUUAAGAAGUCUAAAAAACUCCAAAUCAAAAAGCAGUUCCAGGACACCUGUAAAAUCCAAACCAGACAGUACAAAGCUUUAAGAAAACACUUACAGGAAUCUACACCAAAGAGUGAGCGCAAAGCUGUUCUGAAACGGCUUAAGGAGGAGCAGACCCGGAAGUUAGCCAUCUUAGCUGAGCAGUGUGACCACAGCAAUUGUGAAAUGCUUUCCACUCAAGCCCUGCAUUUGGAUGAAGCACAGGAGGCAGAGUGCCAGGUUUUGAAAAUGCAGCUGCAGCAGAAACUGGAGCUGCUGAAUGCAUAUCACAGCAAAAUCAAGCUGCAGGCUGAGGCACAAGAUGAUCGAGAGCUUCGGGAGCUUGAACAGAGGGUCUCCUACCGCAGGGCACUCAUACAACAACAGAUAGAAGAAGAGGUACUGACGUUUCAGAAUGAAUCUACGGAACGAAUACAAAGCCUGCUGGAGCGUCGAGCAACACAAUUAAACGCUUUCAAGUCUGAAAGCGAAAGACUAGGUUUUAGUAACCUUUCCUCUGACGCAUUCAGCCACAGCUCCUCCAGAGCUUCUGAUUUGCCUCACAGUCCAACUGGGGGUCCAGGAUCUCACUCGGGGCAUCCCAUAGGUGGCCCACCACAAGCCUGCGGCCAUCCAAUGCAAGGUGGGCCUAGUCAUGGAGGUCACCAUUCCACGCCAAUGCCUUGGGUACCCCGAGGUAGCAGUAUGGGAGUUGGCAAUGGCCCUCAGGCUCUGAGGCGGACAGCUGCCCGGCUAAGGACCGAACAGGGCAUGAGCAGAAGCACGAGCGUCACUUCACAAACAUCCAGUGGGUCACACAUGUCUUACACGUAACUUAAUAACUGAGAAUGGCAAUUCCGCUGAGCUGGCCGCCACUACAGACAUCAUCCCAGCAGCCUCCUCACUUGGCUACUACCGUGUGGAAGCUGAGUGCAUGUGGUAUAUUUUACUCAUUUUUGUAAAGCGUUUUGUUUUGUGUUUACUAAUUGGGAUGUCAUAGUAUUUAGCUGUUGGGUUUUGUGUUUUUUGUUUUUAACUUUUGGGGAAAUUUUAUGAAAAGGGGAAUUGGUGUGUAUGUGUAUUUAUCAAAUACGCAGACACACACACACACACAUAAUGCACAUAGGAAAAAGAAACUGGUUAGAUAGGGUAUUUUCUGAAAACUGCAAAAACAGAAUUCAGCAGUGGCCUGAGUCAUCAUCACCUUUGGGCAACUCUAUCCUAAGAAAUUUGUGAAAAGAUCUAAAGCCUUUCUCCGUAUACCCCACCCAGGUUCUUAUGAGCCACUCACAGCAGGCAGCAUGUGCCAGAACAAGUUAUUAUGGAAACACACCUGUAUCCCCUCACCAAUGUAUUUUGUUUAUUAAAUAAAUGUAUUUUGUCUGA